AUGGUCGCCCAAACGGAGCCCCUCGACAAGCAGAUCGCAGGUGUCAAAAUCAUGGUCGAAAGAAAGGCCGCAAGAGCAGCAGAGGGUCAGAAGAGGAUGACAGAGCUACAGGAGGAGGCCGACACAUUACUCUACGAUGCAGAAUCUCUCAAACAGACAUUGGAGCAGCUCGCCCAGGAAAAGGAGACGGAGAAGGACGCAGGCAUGGGCGAGGCUCCAAGCCCACCCAUAGGCGCCAGGCCGACAAUGGUCGGGUCAGCUUCUAUGCCUUUCUGUUCUGCAUCUGCAUCAGUUGCGCCCAUGCAGCCAGUCCUCAGCACGGUCCAGAGCAUCCGGCAGCACCAGCGGGCCCAGGACGACAUGAUCAAACAAAUGUUGGAUUACAUGGCAUACAACAGCUCCAUGCUGGCAGCCUUGCAGAAACAGUACCAACACCCGCCGCAGUCCGUGGGGUUUACUAUGGGCACGGAGACCCCGCCGCUCACGGCAAAUCAGAUGGCAAUGAUCAGCCCCGCGCAGGAGAUGACGCUGGACAUCGAGCACAUACCAGGGCCGACGGGUACACGCCCUGGAGCUCCUUCACUGCAGGCGGUGGAAGCUAUGGCAGCAGCAUAUGUGGAAUUGGCCAAGUCGCAUCCAGAGUUGAUCCCAUCGUCUCCGACGGAAGCGAUUACACGGCCGACGGCCAUGCACCCUCAGUCCGUUCCGCAGGCCAUGGGCCCACAAGGGUCAGCUGCGGCAGCAGCAGCCGAGAAGCGCACGGCCAGCGACCGUGGCAUGGAGGCGCAAGGCCCUUCGCCGCCAAGGAAGGAGCUGAAGGGCGACUUGUACGAGAUCGGACUAGACGCAUAA